AGUCGGCGUGAUUUGUGCCCACGCGCCGUGCAGAUCCGCUGUGGGUCGUUAUUGCUCCACUCCAGCUAUGCUCUCCUUCACAUCCACAGUCCUGAGGAGCUCCGCGGCGGUUCAACGCAUCCGGCUGCUGCACAUCUCUGCCCGCAUCAAUAUGCCCAUCCAGGUUGGUCAAAGUCUCCCUGCAGUGGAGGUCCAGGAGGGGGAGCCUGGAAAAAAGGUGUCCAUGGAUCAGCUCUUCAAGGGGAAGAAGGGAGUCCUCUUUGCUGUCCCUGGAGCUUUCACCCCCGGAUGCUCCAAGACUCACCUCCCAGGCUUCGUGCAGCAGGCCGGAGACCUGAGGAGCAAAGGGAUAGAGGAGGUGGCGUGCGUUUCUGUCAAUGACGCGUUCGUCAUGGCUGCAUGGGGGAAGGAGCACGGAGCAGACGGCAAGGUUCGAAUGCUGGCUGAUCCCACUGGAGCUUUUACAAAGGAGGUUGACCUGCUACUUGACAGUGAUCAGAUUGUGCAGGCUCUCGGGAACAAGCGGUCCAAGAGGUAUUCCAUGUUAGUGCAAGAUGGAGUUGUAGAGAAGAUCUAUGUGGAGCCUGACGGCACCGGGCUGACCUGCAGCCUUGCCCCCAACAUUCUGUCUGACCUGUAGGCUCAGUCGCAGCCACUUAAUCCCAGCUGCACACCCAUAGUUACUGUCAAAGUUGCACUAACAAAGCCCUGUAGCAACCUGCUCAAGCUUCCCUCUCUUUCCAAAGACGGGUGCAGAUGUGAUGCGGAUUCAAGGGUCAAAAACAGAGGAAAAAGCUCAUUAAUGCGCACAAUUAUGUCAUGAAUCUCAUUUCUGUUACAUAUGAGCAAAUAAAGUUCAAAUAUUUCACCA